AUGCCGUCUCGUAGUGCUACUGCCGGGAACUCGAUGGAGUCGGUUGUUGAUGCAGAAAAAGUGUUCGAUAAAAUGUCGGCUUUGGGCCUUAGGCAGAAUUCCAUUAGCUUUGGGCUGCUUGCGUAUUUGCAUACAGUUAAGGGGCUCGACGGAAAGUGGUCGAGCCAGAGGGCUGAUUGGUGGGUUUUUCUUUUGNAUACUGUGAUGCAAGUUGUGGAGAUAUCUAAUUGGGAAAUGAAGAUAUACAUGGAUAAGCGGAGGUACAAACAGGCAUUCAUGGAGAAGCAUAAGAAGGUGUCCAAGUUGAGACUUGAGGAAGAGGAAUUUUAG